AUGGCCACCUCGAGCUGGGAUAAGUUUAUCCUGCUGCUUUGGAAGAACUGGAUCAUCCAGAAGCGUCACUAUGUGCAGACGCUGUUUGAAAUUCUGAUCCCUGCCAUUGCCUGCGUUGUGCUGAUAGUGGUCCGUGGUCUCGUCGAUGCGGAUGUGUACGAUGAACCGACCACGUGGAAACCGCUGGAAAUAAACACCGUUCGACACAUGAUGCCAGAAUUGAAUCCCAAUAUAACGCCGCCGAUAACGUUCAUGCUAGCGUACAGCCCCCAAACACCGCUGACCGAGAGGAUCAUGAGAAGGGCCGUCGAUCAGAUCCUGGAACCGAUCGAUAUAGCCGGCUUCGAUAACGGUCAGCGUAUGGAGGACUUCUUCCGGCUAAACUAUUCUCUAGCAGGUGUAGAGUUUCCAGAAAGCUUCCGGACCAUCGAUACACUGCCGGAUAAUGUAACUGUUUCACUGCGCUUCCCGGGCGAGAUGCGAACCCUGCAGGAUGACUUCACCGCGUUCUGGGCGAACUGGGCAACGGAACUGAUGUUUCCCGCGUUCCAGAUCGCAGGUGCUCGUGAGCGGGAGCGAGACGAUGCCGGAUACCCGGCGAACUACUACAAUGAAUCAUUCAUCGCGGUACAGAGCGCUGUCUCGCGGGCGAUCAUUUUAGAGCGUGACCCUUACUUCGCACUACCGGACAUAUACCUGAAUCGUUUCCCCUAUCCGCCUUACUACAGUGAUCCACUGCUGACCGGGUUCGAGAAUCUGCUCCCACUCAUCGUAGUCAUCGCAUUCUUCUACACCGCCAUUAACACCGUCAAGUACAUCACGGUCGAGAAGGAGAAGCAGCUGAAGGAGGCAAUGAAGAUUAUGGGGCUGCCGAGCUGGUUGCACUGGUCGGCAUGGUUUGUGAAGUGUUUGCUGCUGCUGAUCGUCUCGAUCUCGCUGAUUGUGGUGCUACUGUGCGUGAACAUAACCACCAACACCGACCUGGCGAUCUUCGAGUACGCCGAAUGGACGAUCGUUUGGUUCUACCUGUUCGUGUUUAGCAUCACAACGAUCUGCUUCUGCUUUAUGGUGAGCACGUUCUUCUCCAAGGCUAACAUUGCGGCCGGCAUUGCCGGUUUGCUGUGGUUCAUCCUGAUCGUGCCGUACAACAUUGCGUUCUCGAACUACGACGACAUGACGGCCGGUGCGAAGUUGGCACUGUGUCUCUUCUCCAACUCCGCCAUGUCGUUCGGGUUCAUGCUGAUGAUGCGCCACGAAGGCACGGCCACCGGAUUGCGGUGGUCCAACUUGUUCGAUCCCGUCUCGGUGGAUGACGAUUUUUCCGUCGGUGACACGAUGAUCAUGCUGUUGGUUGAUGCCCUCCUCUACCUGCUGAUAGCGCUCUACGUGGAGAAGGUGUUCCCGGGCGAUUAUGGCAUUGCGGAACCGUGGUAUUUCCUGUGCACCAAGAAGUUCUGGUGUAAGGAUGCGCAGAAAAAGCAUGAACCUGUGGCAACGCUGGACUUUACGACCGAGAACAGCACCAACAUCGAACGAGAACCGGACAGCAAGUAUGCGGGCGUCCGCAUACGUAAGCUACGGAAAGAGUUCAAGAAGAACAAGGUGGCCGUACAGGGGCUGAACCUGAACAUGUACGAAGACCAGAUCACAGUUCUGCUCGGGCAUAAUGGGGCCGGCAAGACCACUACCAUGUCGAUGCUUACCGGCAUGUUUUCACCCACGUCCGGAACGGCACUGAUCAAUGGGUAUGACAUACGGGACAAUAUAGAUGCGGUGCGAAGCUCGCUGGGAUUAUGUCCCCAGCACAACGUGCUGUUCAACGAGAUGACGGUAGCGGAGCACAUCGAGUUCUUUGCCCGUUUGAAGGGUGUUCCGCGAAACAAAAUUAAGGAAGAAAUUCGCCACUACGUGCAGCUGCUCGAGCUGGAAGACAAGCUCAACAAGCAGUCUCAAACCCUGUCUGGCGGUAUGAAGCGGAAGCUGUCGGUCGGAAUAGCGCUUUGCGGUGGCUCGAAGGUGGUGCUUUGCGACGAACCGACUUCCGGCAUGGAUCCAUCUGCCCGGCGCGCCCUGUGGGAUUUGUUGAUCAAGGAGAAGCAGGGCCGUACCAUACUGCUGUCAACUCACUUCAUGGAUGAGGCGGAUAUUCUGGGCGAUCGCAUCGCGAUCAUGGCCGAGGGUGAACUGAAGGCCUGUGGGUCUUCCUUUUUCUUGAAGAAGCGUUUCGGCGUAGGCUAUCGGUUGAUCUGCGUGAAAGGUGCGAACUGUGACCGUGCUCGUCUAACCGGGUUGCUCAGGCGGCACAUUCCCACCAUCAACAUCGACACCGACAUCGGUUCGGAGCUGUCGUACGUGCUGAAUGAAGACUACACAGCCGUUUUUCAGGAUCUGCUGCGCGAUCUGGAAGAGAACGUGGAACAGUGCGGCAUAACCAGCUACGGCAUCUCGUUGACCACGCUCGAGGAGGUGUUUUUGCGCGUCGGAAGUGAUUCAUACGCGUUGGAUCAGAAAUCGAGCUCGAACGAUGUCGAGCAGGACAGCAACGGGGUAAGCUUUGGGGCGUCAAACGUCACGAUGAAUCAGACGAGCGAUACACAACCACUGCUGGACGGUUCCGGCUUGGUUUGGAACCAACUGUUUGCCAUGCUGCUGAAGAAGUACAUUUCCACCAAACGAAGCUGGGUGCAGAUGCUGGUGCAAGCGUUGAUACCAAUCUACUUUGUGAUCGUUACCGUAAUCAUCGUACGGACCUUCCCAGGACAGACGGACCUACCUCCGAUACCGAUCAAUGUGUACAACUACAGUGAGACAAACACGAUCCUUCAGGCCUCGUCACCUGGCAGUCCGUUCCCGGAUGGCUUCAGAUCACUGUUCAGAGCGUACCCAAACACCCAUCGGUUGCAAGUGAUCGACACUGAUAUCGUGAAAUACAUUCUAGAUCUGUCGGUCGAGAAUAUAGGUCUUGUUAACCGGGAGUUCAUGGCGGCAGCUUCGAUCACCCCGACGAAUCACACCGUUUGGUGGAACCCAACCGGGUUUCACACUGCACCGUUGGCGCUCAACUUCAUGUACAACGCGAUCAUCAAGUCGAUCAACACCAACUUCGAGAUUACCAUUAUCAACAAACCGCUACCAUUCAAGGCUGAAACGAGAUUCACGCAACUGCAAGCAGGCAACAAUCUCGGUUUCCAGAUAUCGUUCAACACGGGAUUCGCAAUGUCCUUCAUAGCGGCACUGUACAUCAUGUUCUACAUCAAGGAGCGCACAAGCCGGGCCAAGUUGCUGCAGUUCGUCAGCGGUAUCAAUGUGUUUACGUUCUGGAUCGUGUCCUUCGUCUGGGAUUUCUUCACGUACGUCAUCACGGCGCUCAUCUACAUUGCGACGCUGGCCGCCUUCCAAGAGGAGGGUUGGUCUUCGUUCGAGGAGCUCGGACGUGUGUUUUUAGUGCUGAUAGUGUUCGGUUUAGCGUUCCUGCCCGUGACCUAUCUCUUCUCGUUCUGGUUCGAAGUGCCGGCGACGGGUUUCGUGAAGAUGAUGAUAGUGAACAUAUUCAGUGGAACGAUCUUCUUUACCGCCGUGUUUCUGCUCGGCUUUGACGGGUUUGAUCUGAAGGACGUGGCAAACGGUCUCGAGUGGGCGUUCAUGAUAUUCCCGCUGUUCUCGCUCAGCCAGAGUCUGAGCAACAUUAACGUCCUGUCGACGACCGAGUCGGUGUGUCGGGAACAGUGCACCGAGGAGACGGCCGCCCUGUGCUCGCAGGAGUACAUCUGCAGCCUGCUGCCGCAGUGCUGCGACACAAACAUCUUCUCGUGGGAAACGACCGGCAUCAAUCGGCAGCUGAUGUACAUGGGUGUGGUGGGACUGGUCGGAUUUCUGAUACUGAUGGGCAUCGAGUUUCGUGUUGUGGAGCGACUGUUGAAACGUCGCAAGCGAUCGUCCGGUACGGCGCUGCCACCGGCCAGCGAAGACUCCAACAUGGAUGGCGAUGUCUGGGAGGAGAAGAGACGCGUGAAAUCGUUGUCCGACGGUGAGGUGUCGAACACAAACCUGGUGAUUAACGAACUGACCAAGUAUUAUGGUAAGUUCCUGGCGGUAAACCAACUGUCCGUAUCGGUGGAAGGUUCGGAAUGUUUCGGAUUGCUGGGUGUUAACGGAGCCGGUAAGACGUCCACGUUCAAGAUGCUCACAGGCGAUGAAAACAUUUCGGCCGGCGAGGCCUGGGUGAGGGGCAUCAGCCUCAAGAGUAACCUCAACCAGGUGCAUAAGGUGAUCGGCUACUGUCCACAGUUUGAUGCGCUGCUGGAAGAUCUCACCGGCAGGGAGACAUUGAAGAUAUUUGCUCUGCUGCGGGGCAUCCCCAAGCACGAGAUUGGAUUCGAAACGUUGCGGCUAGCCGAGGAGCUUAACUUCAUGAAGCACAUCGACAAGCGCGUGAAGGAGUACAGUGGUGGCAACAAGCGAAAGCUUAGCACGGCACUGGCCCUGUUAGCGAAUCCGGCCGUCGUGUAUCUGGACGAACCGACCACCGGUAUGGAUCCCGGUGCGAAGCGUCACCUGUGGAACGUAAUUAUCGACGUGAAGAAAGCGGGCAAAUCCAUCGUCCUAACGUCACACAGCAUGGAGGAGUGCGAAGCCCUUUGCACCCGGCUAGCCAUCAUGGUGAACGGCGAGUUUAAGUGCAUCGGAUCAACGCAGCACUUGAAGAACAAGUUCUCCAAGGGCUACUUUUUGACCAUCAAGCUCAACCGGACGGGCGACGGCUCAACGUCUAAUGGGGACCCGGUGAAACAGUUCGUGGCACACAACUUUUCCCAAGCAGUUCUCAAGGAGGAAUACCACGACUCUCUAACGUAUCACAUCACACAAUCUGAGCUGAAGUGGUCCACAAUGUUUGGACUGAUGGAGCAAGCCAAAAAGACACUUGACAUCGAAGAUUACGCACUGGGACAGACAUCGCUCGAGCAGGUUUUCCUGUUCUUCACCAAAUAUCAACGAGUUACGGACGAUAACUAA